CAAAGAAGAACACGUGUAGUAGGCGGAAGGCGCUGAACCACAACUCGCAACUUUGAGCCUUUGUUAUCUGAAUGCUUUGUCGUUUCCCUGGAAGAUCCACAGCUUCCAGUCGGACGCAGCCGUAACUAAAUAAUUAACGUGCAUUCCUACUCGUCUCUUUACGACCUAAGCGCCAUUUUGUCGUCUUUUUGCGAGGAGAAGUGCUGUUAGCCGACUUGCUAACUUCCGUACAUUAGCGAGUUUGUUGCGAUCAUGUCCGGCGUCAUCCGUGGACCCGCGGGGAGCAACGACUGCCGUAUAUACGUGGGGAAUCUCCCGCCAGACAUCCGCUCAAAGGACGUCGAAGACCUGUUCUACAAAUAUGGGGCGAUCCGUGAUAUCGAUCUGAAGAACCGGAGAGGAGGACCACCGUUCGCCUUCGUGCAGUUCGAGGACCCGAGGGAUGCUGAGGAUGCUGUUCAUGGGCGUGAUGGUUAUGACUACGAUGGAUACCGCCUGCGUGUUGAGUUUCCAAGGGGAGGAAGGGGAGGGGGCGGAGGGGGCGGCGGUGGUGGGGGCGGAGGAGGAGGAGGAGGCGGCGGAGAAGGCGGUCGUGGUGGUGGUGGUGGUGGGGGUGGUAGUGGAGGCAUGGGACCCCCGAGGGGAAGGUACGGUCCCCCGUCCCGACGCUCUGAGCACAGGGUUAUUGUGUCAGGUCUUCCCCCCAGUGGAAGCUGGCAGGACCUGAAGGAUCACAUGCGAGAGGCAGGUGACGUAUGUUAUGCUGAUGUUUACCGUGAUGGCACCGGCGUAGUGGAGUUUGUGCGGAAAGAAGACAUGGUCUACGCUCUCCGUAAUUUGGAUAACACCAAGUUUCGUUCUCAUGAGGGAGAGACGGCCUACAUUGGGGUGAAGGAGGACGGUCCUCGCAGUCCCAGCUACGGGCGUUCACGCUCUCGUAGCCGCAGUCGAAGCCGGAGCAAGAGCGGCUCACGCAGCUACUCCCCUCGUCGCAACAGGGCAUCUCCACGUUACUCUCCCCGGCGUUCCCGCUCUCGCUCUCGCACCUAGACUCACCUGACCGUAACCAAAGUAAUGGUGUACCUCAGAGCUGGAGAGGAAAUCUUCACAUCAAAUUACAGAUCAUGUAUACUGACCACGUAUCAUCUUGUUUGUGACCCCUUCAUGCUGUUGUGUUGUGUGUUCGCUUUUCCCAACUUUCUUUUUCGCAGUUUUUUAUUUUAGUUUUAAAUUUUUUUGCUGACCACACGUACACAACCCUCCUGGUCUGUGUACAUGGCAUUAUUCACUCUGCCAUGCUUCCCUUUUUUAAAUUCUCUCAAAUUGUGUCUCUGCUAGCCAUCUCUCCCCCUCCUUUCCACUUCUCCUGUGCUGAUUGUGCUCGUUGUAUGCUUCAUGUUUAGUUUCUUUUAAGAAUUUACUUCUUCAAACAUUUACUAUUGUCCUUUGACCUUCUUGUGUGUCUCUCUGUAGAGAUCAGAGGAACAGGAUAGGAUGGGAACAGAGGAAACAGUUCAUAUUAGGAUAAACAGGAGGAGGAGGAGUCAAAUAUGGCACCAAUGGUAUGAUGGCUGUGCCCUGUCAUCUAUGAAAUCUGCAUUAUAAGGCUGUCCAGCUUCUUUUUUUUAACAUACACUUGACAGUAGAGCGCAUUAUUGAAUGUUUUGAGUAUUGGCACAUUCUGCUCACCACUUUGUAUUUCAAAACCCAAAGCUUGUGUUCUUUGCAUUUGCUCAUCUUUUACUAUCUUAAGUAUACCUUAGUUUUUGGGAUUGAUCAUGGAAGUGUCCCCUGUUUUUCUCAACGUGAACUCCCUCAUAGAUGUAUUCAUUGACAUUUUUAAGUAAUUUGUGAAGGUGUGAUUCUAACUUGCCUCCUUCUCUUUGGUUCUGCUGGUAUUCUGAAGGUUUGGACUGGGCUCAUUGUCUCCCCAUUCCGGAGCUGGAUCAGGAUUCAGGAUCAGAUCAGGAUUAGGAUUAGGCUUCGGGAUGGAUACAUGGAGCAGGAGCAUGGGAGCAUGGGAGCAUUUUGCAGGGAGAGGAUCCCGACCCCUGGCCCUGUCCACAUAAACCCACAAACCGGAAUCAUAGUCGGCUAUUCGAAGUAAAUUGGCUUUCAAAUUAUCCAAAUAAUUUUUUCCAAUUUCCUUUGGGACCUCAAAGACACAAUUACUGACGGCAACAUGACGAGCGAAUAAUUUUUCGGAUUUUUAAAAAGUGAAUUAAUAAGAGCAAAGCUUGGAUCAAAACCAAGAAGAGGGCUGGGAAGUGCAGGAUGGAUCAAGACGCAUAAGGAGUGGUAAAUAGUGGGCAACCAUUAACAGCGGUGGAGGGGGGGAAGAGGGAGGCAACAAGGGAUUGUGACCUUAACGUGGUUUGUAUCUUUUUCUUAAGUCAGUCUUUCCAGAGGAGGAUGAUUUCUGGUUUAUUUUCUUAGGUAUGAUCUUCAGUAUCUCAAAGCUUUAUUCUCUUUUAAUAAAAGUUUCGAUAACUCAA